GCUGCUUUUGACACGUGUUUCUGUCUCAAAGAUGGCAGCUUGCAUGUAUGCAUAAAGUGCACAGUGGUUUUAGAGCUCCUUCAGGAUUUAUAGUGAGGAACACUGAAUACCAGGGUGAUUUGACAGCUCAGAUCAAAAUGACAGAUGUUGCCGUUGACAAGAAUGUUCCAGAUGGUUCAUUACCAAGCACUGAAAAGGAGCCAGAUGACCUGAUGGAGGAGAAAAACGAAGAGAAUCAGACAGAGGCGACAGCAGCAGAAGGAGAGGGUGCAGCCAGUGAUGUGUACCGUUACAUCAGAGGAGAUCUCUUUACCUCAGAGAUCUUUAAAGUUGAGAUCCAAAACUUGCCCAAGUACAUUGGUUUUAAUGACCUGAAGAAGUUCCUCAACAAGCAUGGGAUUAAUCCUCACAAAAUCAAGCUGUUUAGCAGACAGAUGUUUGCCUUUGUCACUUUUAAGAACCAGGAGGAAAGGGACAAGACCAUGAAGGCAGUGCACGGCAUGCAAUGGAAGAGUAAAGUGCUGAGUGUACGGCUGGCCAAGCCCAAAGCUGAUCCCAUCCUCAAGAAGAGGAAGCAAGAGGAGGAAACGGAAGGUGGCCCGCCGGGUGCAAAACGUGCUGCGGGUGGCCAGGAGGUAGAGGAGGAUGAGGAAGAGCCUCUCGAUAUCCAGAUUGCCAAUGCUGUGACACCCUUGUGGAACGUGCCUUAUGAAGAACAGCUGAAGAGGAAAGAGAAAGAAGUUGAAGGUGUUCUCCUGAAACUGACCAGAGAAAUUGGCAACAACAACAAAGCCAUGCUUCCCUGGCUGUUCGUUCAAAAAGAGAAGUACAACAAAAUGUGCUGCCCACUCGAGGCCAUAAGACCAUCACCUGUGCAGACGGAGUACAGGAAUAAGUGUGAGUUUGUGAUUGGAGUGGGAGCAGAUGGAGAGGAUAAGACUGUGGGCUUUCGUUUGGGUAAGUAUAAAGGAGGAUCCUGUGCAGUAGUGAGUCCAUCAGAAACCACCCAUGUGUCUUCUGAGGCCAAGAGGGUUGUGCAGGAGUUCCAGCAGUUCAUCAGGACCACUCCAUAUGCAGUAUACAGUCCAGAGACUUAUGAAGGUCAUUGGAGGCAACUGACGGUACGAACAAGCAGGAUAAAGCAAACCAUGGCCAUUGUUUUCUUCAAUCCACAGAAACUCCAAGAAGAAGAUCUUGAGGAACUGAAACGAAAUCUGCGUCAGUAUUUUACCGAAGGAGAAGGAAAAGAAAGUGGCCUCACAUCUUUGUACUUUGUGAGAAUGGGACAAAGGACUUCUGCGGGUACAGAGGACCUGCCAUGUGAACAUGUGACCGGAGAAGAAUGCAUUCACGAAGAACUUCUCGGACUGAAAUUUCGCAUUUCUCCUCACUCAUUCUUCCAGACGAACACACCUGCUGCUGAGGUUCUGUACUCUGCUGUGGGUGAAUGGGCUCAACUGGACCAGGACAGUACUGUGCUGGAUGUGUGCUGUGGAACAGGAACCAUCGGCAUCUCACUGGCAAAGAGGGUGAAGAAGGUGAUUGGCAUUGAAUUGUGCCAGGAGGCAGUGGAAGAUGCUAAAGCUAACGCUGAAGCUAAUGGCUUGACCAAUGUGGAAUUCCACUGUGGAAAGGCUGAAGAUGUGUUACCCACUGUUCUUAAUGCUGUGGUGUCCCCUAACGUCACGGCAAUUGUAGAUCCUCCGAGAGCGGGGCUACAUUCCAAAGUUAUUCUAGCGAUCAGAAGAGCAGAGCAUCUGAAGAGACUCGUCUAUGUCGCCUGCAAUGCCAAAGCAGCUAUGAACAAUUUUAUUGAUCUUUGUAGAGCUCCCUCUAACCGUGUGAAAGGAGCCGCUUUCCGUCCAGUGAGAGCUAUGGCUGUUGACCUCUUCCCUCAGACCAUGCACUGUGAAACCAUCCUGCUGUUUGAAAGAGUGGACUACAGCUCCAAUACUGACAGUCAGACCACAGAGACCUGAAGCCCUGCUGUCCUUACCAUC